AACUCUCACAGACAUUCAUAUCACAAAAUUAUUUCGAAGAACAUUGGAAUAAAAAACAAAAAUAUACGAAAAUAGUUGUUAUAAACGCGAGUGAUUGUUAACCCAGAGACCAAAAUAAAGAUACAGAAUAACUGAUGAUGUCAUCGAACCGAUUGAUAAAUGCGCUGCAUAAGAAUCUGCUGGUCUACAGGCGAGUGCAGCGCGCCAGAUCCACAACGCAGCUGGGAGGACUCGGCAAGGGCGGCCAAGUGCUGAGCGAAACGAACUUGCAGCUGGGCUGCUUGGUGCAGAGUCAGCGGCGCGGCUUUGCUUCCGAUAAAAAAUGCAAUGAGAAGUCGGUGAUCAAGGGCGUGGUGAUGGGCGUGUAUGCCAAGGAGGGCGACAAGGAGCCGAAGCUGACGUCGAGUGGUGAAAAGUUUGAUGAUCGUGCGCAGGGCAAGAUUUCGGAGCUGGUGCGUGAAACGGGCAUGAAUGGUGAGCUGGGCAAGGGGCGUGUCUUUACCAAUGUGGAUGCAGAGUUCAGCAUGGUGGCAGUGGUGGGCUUGGGCCAGGAGGGCGCGGGCUUUAAUGAUAUGGAAAUGAUAGACGAGGGCAUGGAGAAUGCGCGUGUAGCCGCUGGCGUUGGCGCGCGCGCACUGCAGCUGCAGGGAGUGACCGAUGUCUUUGUGGACUCCAUGGAGUAUCCGGAGCAGGCAGCCGAAGGCAGCGCGCUGGCCAUUUGGCGCUACAAUAGCAAUCGUCGCAAGCAGGAUCGCACGCAUAUACCCAAGCUGGAGCUGUAUGAUUCACCCGAUGUGGAUGCCUGGACGCGUGGUCUGUUCAAAGCGGAAUCACAGAAUCUAGCGCGACGCAUGAGCGAUGCGCCCGCUAAUCAAAUGACGCCCACAAUUUUCGCGCAGUCCACAGUGGAUGCGCUUUGUCCUUGUGGUGUAAGCGUUGAAAUACGCUCCAUGGACUGGAUUGAGGAGAAUCGUUUGAACUCCUUUCUAAUGGUCGCCAAGGGCAGCUGCGAGCCACCUGUGGUGCUUGAGGUUAACUACUGCGGCUCUUCUCCGGAAGAUAAACCUAUUCUGCUGCUGGGCAAGGGCUUGACCUACAACAGUGGUGGCCUCUGCCUGCGUCCCAAGGACUGUCUGCAUAUGUAUCGCGGCUGCAUGGCCGGUGCUGCUGUCUGCGUUGCCACCAUUCGCGCUGCUGCAGCGCUGUCGCUGCCGCUGAACAUUUCGGCUAUGCUGCCGCUUUGCGAGAACAUGCCCUCGGGCAUGGCAGUCAAGCCAGGAGAUGUUGUCACCUUGCUCAAUGGCAAAACGUUGGGCAUUGUCGAUGUCAGCAAGGCCGGCACAGUUGUCAUGGCUGAUCCUUUGCUCUAUGCUCAAACCACCUUCAAGCCACGCAUGGUCAUCGAUGUGGCCACCAUCGGCUAUGGCGUCUGUUGUGCUUUGGGUGGCGCCGCUGCUGGCAUCUUCAGCAACUCCAACUAUGUCUACAAGCAAUUCGAAAAGGCUGGCGGUCUAACUGGCGAUCGUCUUUGGCGUCUGCCCUUAUGGAAUUACUACAAGCAGCUGAUCAAGCCCAAUUUCAAUUAUGAUAUCAGCAAUCGCGGCAAGGGUCCCGCCUCCAGCUGCAUCGCCGCCGCCAUUCUGCAUGAGCUGGUGCCAUGCGUCGACUGGGCUCAUCUGGAUAUACGCAAUGUGGGCAUGCUCACCCGUCAUAAUCCUUUGCCCUAUUUGCUACGCGAUCGCAUGACUGGACGACCCACGCGCACUCUCAUCCAGUUCCUUUAUCAGAUGGCCUGUCCGGACAACAAAUAGUUGAACUUUUAUUCAUUACUUUAGUUUUGCUUUCCAAUUUUCUGUUCCAUAUUCCAAUUGCUUGUUCUUGUCUUUUUGUGACGAUUUAUUUUCCAAAUUUUAUUGUUAGACAAUCGACUGGCAUUGACUGUAUAUUACCAAAUUAAUUGUUGUAAGAGAGAUUUUGAUGUCUAAUACAGUUAAUACAAUAAAAUGUUUAACCCAUUGCA